ACAUGUGUGUUUUAAAAUAAAAAUCUUAGUGUAAAAAAAAACUUUCAAAAAAAGUGUUAAAAUUUUUUAAAAAAAUAUUUUUGAAUUUACAUAAUUUGCGUUUGUUAUGUAAUAACAACUUUAAAAGUUAUCAAAAAUGAAUGGCGGAACUUUAACGGAAUUCGAGGAGAGUCUUUCAUUUGACAUCGAUGAUCCAGAUUUUCCGCCUACAAUUGUUCGUAGAACAUCUGUAAAAACUGUCCUUCAUGGAAUCAACUUCCGAGAUCGGGAGUGUGGCGUUAACAAAGUUAUCAAUUGUCACGCAAACAUGUCGGUUACAUCUGUUCAAUCCGCUAAUGAAAGUCUUUCUCGUCAUGGGAGCAAUGUGUCCUUGUGUCACAGUUUGUGUGGUAGCGUUGACGAAAGUCUAUCGGAAUCGCAUCCACAAUAUCAGGAUACAAUUCUCACGAUUGAGGAACUUCGAGCCCAAUUAAACUCAUGUUUUACGUGCGGUGUCUCUUGGAGUGAAGAUCAUGUUUCUCUGGAUUGCAGUGAAUGCGGUGGCUACUCACUUCAAAGACCCUGUCCAUUAUGUGAUGGACAUUGCCAUUCGACGUGGAAACGUGACCUUACUAUGUCCCACGCAAGUGGAAAGGCAAGGUGGAUUGGAGAAUGUGGAUUAAGCUGUGGUCCAUCUCUAGAUGAAUCUCUUGUUCCAGCAUUGGAAAAACUUCGAGCUACAUCGUGAACUCGUAUAAAAAACGACAUCACAACUGUGCACAAGACUUAACCAUCACCAUCCAUUUAGAGUUAUAAUCAUUCAUCAAUCACCACCCGAAUGAAUUCGAGAAGACGACUGAAUGAAAAAGAUUCUUGAAAGUGUGUGAGAGAAAUUUUUGAAUGAAUGAACAAAAACAGAAGAGAAAGCGACGUGAUGAGGAACCCCAUUUCCUAUAUAUAGAAAAAAAAAACUAAAAUUUGAAAAAUCAGGGUAGAUAAAUCCUUAUUUAUCAAAAAAAAAAAAAAUAGAACUGUUUCCUUUUAAUCCGAGAGCAAAAUUUAAUUCAAAAAUAUCGAAUAAAAAGGCGAAGAGCUAUGCGAGUUCCUUAUCACAUCAUCGAUUUCCUAUAUUUCAAAAAAAAAAAAAAAAAAAAAAAAAAAUGAUAAUAGAAAUACAAUAACGAAAUAGAUGUCUGAAAUAUAAUUUGGAAACAAAUUAUUUGUCAAAAGCAAAUGCUUUGAUAUUAAAUGUCUGUAUAAUGUUAAUUCAAUGUAUGUCAACAAAUUAACAAAUAGAAAGAUGUUUAAUGUUUAAAAAAAGAAAUAAAUAUAUAGUCAGGAACCCACAUAGCUUUGAAUACUUCUGUAAACUUAUAUAAGCAGGAGACUUGCUUAUCGCCUAUUAUCGAAUUUAAUCCCCCCCCCCUAAUAAUAGUAUUCAGAAUAAUAAUAAUAAUAAUAACUGUAAAAUCAUUAAAAAUUGUCAAAUAUUGAGAAAAAAAAGAUCAAUUAAUGAAAUAAACCGACCGAAAAUAUAUGGCUUAAAAUUUUAGAAUACAAUUAUAUUUCUAUAUAUAUUUAUGGUGAUAAGUAUUAUUCUCUUGAUUCGAAAUUAUUUCGAACUGUCUUUAGACUUUCUAUAUUCAAUAAAGAAAGAAAGAAAGAAAGAAAGAAGAAAAAAAUACCGAAAGAACGUUAAGACUGCCUUUAACUUGUUUUGUUCUGCUGUUGCUUCUUUUCUAUAAUAGCGAUAUGAGCGAUCAAGUUCUUAGUAAAAUGAUUUUAAAAAAAUGAAGUAACUCUGCAGGAGAUAUUUCUUCAAAUUUGCUUUGAAAUGAGUAAGCAAAUUUUAUCGAGAAUUUAGAAGAAUUUAAAAAAAGGGUCUACUAGCAAGAAAAAAUUAGAGUCGUUACAUUUUUAACAUUAUUAUUUUUUUUUUUUUUGAUUGAAGAAAUGUCAUAAAAAAAAAAUAAUAAUAAAAUGUUGCGUUUUUAAUUUUAAUAAAAUUACACUAAAUUGUAAAUUAGUGUAAUUAGUGACUCGUAUUGAAAACGGAUUUUUUUUCGGAAUCAGGUCGUAUCCACAUUUCUCGACUCUAUUUCUGUAUUAUUAUUUUGUUAUCACAAAAAUACACGCUCAAUUGUCUACGUUCUAAUUUUGUCAUAUUUAAAAAAAUAUAUAUAAAAACAAAAGAAAUAUAUUUUUUCAAUAUCUUUUUAGGAAAUAAUAUAGGAAAAUUUGUAUAAUAAAUAAUUAAACAGAAAGAAUGACAAGUUUUUUUUUGAGGAUACGUCUUGUAUGUCCGAUAUUAAGAUUUAAAAAAAAAUGAAACAGAAAAAAAAUAGACAAAAAUUGUCUUUAGCAAAUGAUAAUAAAAAAAAAGAAAUUUUAGCUCAUUGGAAUAAACAAUAGAUGUAAAAGCAUUUAUGACUGUGGCAAAAUAAUGACUGUUAUAUAUGAAUAUCAUUAAAUAUCAUUUUGCUAUCACUGUAUAAUUCAUCUCCAUUUUCUUAAGUUAAUUAUCGAAUGAAAACGCAUUAGAAAAAAUUUUCAAUAGUAUUACAUUUCCAUUGUAAUACAUUGAAAAAUCUCUCUCAAAAGAAAAUAAUUGUGUAAUUUUUAUUUAAUGUUCAAAAUUAUUAUUUAUGUUCUUAAUGUUGAAAAGUUAUGGGCUUAAUAAACGAUAUACUUAUCAAUAAUAAA